AUGAGUUCACCAAGUAAAGAGACUGAAGAACCAUCGUCCACUAGCCCAACAGAAAAACAUGAAGCUGGUGGAAGCGGCUGUGCGAGUGCAUCAGCGGCUCAUGGAAGACCGCCCGCCAAGCGCCGUCUUUCUAGCACUGUUAUCGAAAUUUCAGAUACGGAAAGUGACGAUUCGGAUGUUUGUGCAGUGAAGUCAUACCAAGCUUCUGCAGAUGAAGUGAAAAGAAUACGCGGUACUGAAUACUCCUCAUCAUCAUCAUCAUCAGAUUACAGUUCAGAUUCGGAGUCACCUUGGGAGGAUGACUCCUUCUUAAUAGAAGAUAAAAUGCAAAGCAAAGUUGUGAAGACACAACUUAACCCAAGAGCACAUAGAAUGGAUGACCCUAAGUUCAAUCCAGCAUUAAAGUCUCAAGAAAUAAAAACCAAAGUAGGAAACCACUGGUCAGAAAAGAGAGAUUAUUCAAGUGAUGGAAUCACUUUUACUUGUGAACCAUUCCGUCUGUGUUUGUUGCACAAUCUGCUUGUCAAUUCCGAGAUCAUUAACAACAUCGUAGAUGAUAUGAAUACACUGGACUGGUCUAGGAAGAAGAUGGAUCUAUAUGAGUUCCAUCAAACCACGGACCUUGCAAAUUUGACAUGGCAAAGGAGCAUUAGAGGAAUUUAUGAGUUACUGAAGACUGAAGUUAUGAGUUGGGUGUCAGAGGUAACGGGGCUGCAGCUGACGUCUGUGUCUGCGUCGUGCUCGCUGUACGGGCCCGGCGACCACCUGCUGGUGCACGACGACCUGCUCGCCGACCGCCGCGUGGCCUUCAUCCUCUACCUGGCGCCCACCGUCACCCCCACGGCCCACGCCCACGCCCACGCACCCGCACCCGACCCGGACGUGCUCAACGGCGACCGUCCGCAGCAGAAUACGGUUGGAGCGUGGCACGGCUGGGAGGAGCGGAUGGGCGGGGCCCUGGAGCUGCUGUCGCGCGACGAUCAGGGCCGCGCGGCGAGUGUAGUGCACCGCGUCUACCCGCGCAACAACAUGCUGGCCUUCUUCAAAGUGGGACACGACUCUUUCCACCAGGUGAGCGAGGUGGUGUCGCUGGAACUGCCGCGGCUGUCGAUCAACGGCUGGUUCCACGGGCCCGAGCCGGCCCCCGCGCCGAAUGCGCCGCCCUCGCCGCCGCCGCCGCCCGCCCCCGCGCCGCCGCCCGCGCUGCCGCCUCACUCCGACGUCGUUUUGCUGAACCAAUGGGUAGACGCGCCGUACAUGUCGCCGCGCAUCAGGGCUCAGGUUCAGACGCAGAUGGAGAGCGCCAGCGAGGUGUGCCUCCGUGACCUGCUACUCCCGAAUCGAUACCAGGAGCUAUUGGACGCGCUAGAUAGCCCAGCUGUGGAAUGGGAGGAAGUAGGACCAGCCCAACAGCGGCAUUACCGCCGAGUGUCUAAACAGUGGGUGGAGUCGAAUGAAGGAGUCAUCCGAGACUUGCUGCACCUCAUGAGCAGUGCCACGUUCAUUCGGAUGUUAGCGGACUGCACUGAUCUGCAGAUCACCACUUACAGUCAACUAGAGCUGCAGCAGUGGCGACCGGGCGACUUUACUCUGCUGCCGGGGCGCGAGCAUUACAGCGCGCCGCGGCUGGAGGCGCUUCUGUACGCGGGCGUGACGCGGCCUCUGUGCGGAGGCUCCACCAGUUACGUGGCGGUGGAGGAGGCGGGCGAGGCGGGCGAGGCGGGGGAGGCGGGCGCCGCGCUCGUCACCGUGCCGCCGCAGAACAACGCGCUCAGCCUCGUGUACUGCGACGCCGGCGCGGCUGCCUUCACCAAGUACUACGGCCGGCUGGCGGCGAGGCCCGACGACCGCUUCUACCUGCUCGCAUGCACCUACAGCGAG